AUGAACUCCCUCAACGUUUUGAUAAUUUUGCUGUCCCACUUUUGUUCCGUCCAAUCUUGGAAACUUCCCGAGUUAAUCAGAGAAAACGAGACUAAAAACAACAAAACUUUCGAAACUCGUUUGAAAAGCGACAGAGGAGUUAAACAGUCGCUCAGAAUAAUCCACGGGGAUGUUUCGAACCCGGGCGAUUAUCCUUUUGUGGUUAGUUUAAUGCAACAAGAGUACGACGAGAUGAAGCAUUUCUGCGCAGGUGUUAUUUAUAACGAGUACACAGUCAUAACUUCUGCAUCGUGUAUUGAGAACAGACUAGAGAGUGAUAAUGUGUGGGCUUUGGCUGGUGUCUUUGACCUUGAGAACCCAAGUGGGAGUGAAAUGUACUCCAAAGUGAUUUCAUUCAAGCCUCAUGGGAGCUACAAAAGGUACGCGGACAACUUGGACUAUGAUGUUGCAAUUCUCAAGUUGAGCCAUGCCCUGCUCUUCAGCGACUUCAUUCAGCCCAUCUUCAUACCCGCAAUCACCGACAAGAUGAUAUGUGCCGGAUAUCUGCGGGGAGGUGUCGACACCUGUCGUGGUGACGGGGGAGGACCUCUGGUCACAAUUGGGUGUCACGGGGGAGCAUACUGCAACUACGAACUACUGGGCAUCGCCUCCUACACCAGUGGGUGUGGCAGACCAAACAGGCCAGGCGUGUACACCAAAAUGAAUACUUUUGUAGAAUGGCUCAGCUACUAUUCCACCGACUGA